AUGUUUCUUCCCCACGAGCAGCAUGCUAUUCUUACUACUCCCAUUGGGGAAAAAACACCACGUGAUAAUGUGUGUUGGGGCUUCGAGACGAAGGGUAAUUUCACUAUUAAGUCAGCUUGCCUUGUUGAGAUUGGCUAUUAUGAAACGGAUCCGAAUACCAGUUAUCGAGAUCGAAAAUUCUGGAGCAAGCUGGUCUGGUCCUUGUCUGUUCUUCCCAAAUCAAAAGUGUUUGCUUGGAGAGCUUUUAAUAAUUUGAUUCCUACGGGGGCAAACAUGCUCGAGCACCAUGUUCCGGUCAGUGGCCAUUGUGAUGCUUGCCAUGACAGGUGGGGUUCUACGGAGCACUGCCUACUUUUUUGCCCGAUGACUUACAAAAUUUGGAAAUGGAGUCAUUUCUCGCACGUGUUGCGCAAUUGUGCUUUGUUGCCACUCACCGCGAUUGCUUCUGCUAUCCGGAACGAGUUCGCUAAAAGUGACUAUGAACUUUGGAUUAUCAUGCUUUGGCAAACUUGGAUUAUGUUGUGCAAAUGGAAACAUGGAGAUAGAAAGGAGAUGGAGCAGGUGGAUGAAAUUUCGUGUGUUGCCUUGUGGGACUCCUUCCAGAAUGCCAAGUCGAUUUUAUCAAGAGAUAACAAGCUGGGGUUUAAGCUUGGAGAACGAAAGUGGUUGAAGCCAGGGCAUGGGGUUCUCCGUGUUGAUGUUGAUGCGAGUUAUUUUCCCGAUAAGAGCGGCUAUGGUGUUGGCGUGGUGAUCAGAGACAGAGACCAUAUGGGCUUUAUUAAAGUGGCUGCUGCGAAACAUUUGAAACCCACUUCUGGCCUUCUUAUGACUGAAAUCAUGGCUGUUGUCUUUGGCCUUAUGGUGAGUAUGCAGUUUGACCUGAUGUCGAUUGAAGUUUACACUGACUCUUGCUUGGCUGCUCAUCUAUUGGCAGACAAAGACGAGGAUGAGGACCUCAUUCCUGAGGAUAUUCGGGAUAUUUUGGAUUUGGCUAAUUCGAAUUUCCUUUAA